AUAGUAUCUGAUUACUACAUUUUUAGGAUUUGUUAUCUUGUUGAUUAUUACUUAAUAAGUAAUAUGCCUUACAAGAAAAAUAAAAAACAGACAAAAAGAAAAGUGACAAAAAAUGUUAUACAGAAAAAAGUUAUGACCGCUAGACUGAUUCUUAUAAACCUGAAAGUCGACGAUUACGUUUACAAAAAGAAGCCGAUUUCAAUAGAGGAAGCUUAUAAAUACGCGCGUGAAAUCGAAACGUUUAGACGCCAAUGCCACGAUGAAAGAUGUCUUCAGGUUAUAGAAAAACUCAGUUCAUACAUGAAGUUCCUUAUAAGAGAGCAAUCAACAAAAGAUAUUGAGGAUGUUAAUGUAACCCAUCAAACAGAGCCCAUUGAAGAGUUACAUACUGAGAAUGAUAAUGGGACAUAUACUGCUGGGCCACAGUGUAAUACCAUUGAUACAGAAGUAGAUCAAUCUGCUUUAGACCUGUCUAUAGGAGAGACAAAAGAUUCAUUAGCUAGCUCAGAUAUAAACGAUAAAAAAAUUAUAAAUCAAAACUCUUUGUCUACAAUAACUCAGGAAAACUUAAACGAAGCUUAUGUGAAUAAAAAUGAUACUAGACACCAUAAUAUCAUGAUAGAAUCGGAAAUAGCUAAAGUAAAUACUAUUAACCAAAAUCAGACAGAAAUUGUCGAUGUUACAAGUAUAAAGCCGCAAAACCUACUGAGUAAUUUUGAAUACGAUAACUAUAAGAGCGAUCAAAAUUAUACCCAAAAUAAACUAACACAACACAGCUUUAAGGAAUCUUCAAAUAAAACCUAUAAUGACAUGAGUACUGAGAAUAAUACGAGCCAAUCUGAAAUUAAUAACCAGAAUGAUGUUAAACAAAAAAGACAAAAAAUAGUUGAUGAUAGCAACCAACUAUCGAAUAGUAUACUGGAUAAUUUUGGGCAAGGAAAAUAUACGGUAUUAAGUCCAGUUAAAAAUAAUACAAGCCUCAAUAAUAACAAACUCCACCAUGAUCAUGAAAUCCCUACUAACACUAAAGAUACAGUCAUUAAGUACAAUAAAAUCAACUUAGAAGACAGUAAUUUAAACAAAAUUAAUAUUACAGAUACUAUAAAUAAAGUUAUUAACUAUAAUAAUAAUACAAAUAAACGGAACAUUAAAUUAAACCCUGUUAUACAAAAAGAUGUAAGCGGAGAUAGUAAUAAAGUAUCACAAAAUCAUCUAAAUAAUUCAAACUCGGUCAGUGUACAAAAUAAUAAAAAUACAAAAAAAAGCCAGCAGCUCGGUGAUUAUGAGAGACCUGAUUAUAUAGCAGACACUAAAAAUGAAGUUAUUAUCCAUAGUAAUAUUAGUAAAGGUAUUAUUCGUAGAGGUAAUAAUACAAGGGUCAUAGAAAUCAUCAAUCCACACACUAUAAAACAAAAAGCAAUAGGAGAAAAUAGCUCUAAGCUCUCCCAAAAUACAAAUACUAAAAAAUACCCAACACAUUUUGUAAACCCGAAGCCAAUUAUUGAGAAACAGUAUACCAGUAAUAAGGAUAAUGCAAAAGGUGAUAUUUCACAACAGAUAAAUGUAACGAAUGGAGUAGCAACCGUCUUAAAAAUGAAGAACACCGUAAAAAAAGAGGUUACAAAUACGCUGAAAAAGAGAACUUAUCAUCGAAAAAAGAAAGUCAGUAAUGUAGCUACUGCACAGAGAGAUUUAAACGAAAAAGAAAUCGUAAAUCCAACAGUCCAAACCCGAAUAAUUUCAGAAAACUCUCGGAACAGUUCCAUAAAAAAGAAUAAACGUGUGUACUUAAAAAAGAAAAGGGAAGUGAUAGAUAUGACAUGGGUAGAGAAUGUUAAAUUCGUAAGAGUAAUAGAGACGGAAGAAUACACCAAGUUCGAUAACUUUGUAGAAUCAUUUUGGAGUGAUUUAACCGUUCCUCCGUUUAUAAAUUUAACUGAUUUUGAAUAUGAUAACAUUAAUAUUUGGAAGACUUAG